AUGGACACAUUUAAGAAUCCGAAAUUUUUGAAUAAGUUUGUAAAAAAUUUUGAGCAUAGCUCAUUUAUAAAUGUCGAACCUACUUCAACAGCGAUUAACGUUAAGAAAGCUUACUUAAAAGAACUUGGUGAAAAUGUCGCUCUUAAGUAUUUAAGAGAUGAUAAGUAUAAGAAUGCCGAAGAAUAUUAUGAGAAUUUUGCCAGAGAGCGAUUAUAUAGUCAAGUUUAA